UUCAAAACAGUUCAGUAACCACAGUUCGGGAAGACGGGUCUUGUUAUUAACGUGAAGCAACCCCGCUGAUGAAACCAAGGGCGAAACGUGAAUCUUGUGUGGGCUCAUCUCAAAAAGAAAGAGAGAGAGAAAAAAAGGCCGGGACAACUGCUGGGAUGAUUUGAAUAAGAAGCAGACGGUCCAAUUCAUUGUACACCCUUCAGAUGAUUGCUUCUUUCAAACGGAUGUAUUUUUCAGUGCGAGCUAGCACAGUUGACGGCACGGCGUACAAAGAAGACGGCGACACGGACUGAGACUGAGCAAAUAUCUUGGGGAUGAUUCCCGGAUGAGCCACAACUCUGUGUGGAGAGGACUGAUCUAUUGCGAGGGACGCUUGGUUGACCACAGAGCAAUGGACGAACCGACUCCAAACUGAUUGCACGGAAUUUGCUAUAUGGAUUAUUUUAUCAGCAGUUUGUCUGCAGGAUCAAGAAUGCAUCAUCGGCAUUUGGCGUUUUCCCGCCUUCGAGCCUGUUCCCGGUCGCGGCCGCUCUCUGUGUAAGACUUAUCGGGAGCGAGUUAAGACACAUGCGGCAAGAUAUUAGAUGGGCCGGGCCUAAUGGGUUUUGCAUCCCACAUUGCCGGAGCCUACGGGCAGUCAUUUACACACUUUUAUAGUAUCGGCCAUGUGCUCAACCCGAUCACUUUAAAACGCGGUACAUACAGUGCAGUUACACAAGAAGUUACCGUAUUGCUAACUGCAUGAUCACUAGUAUCGAGCGAAGUUCCUUGUUUCGCGUCGGUUAGAAGAAGUGUAUACGUAGACCUAUACGAUGUGAAAUGUGCUCAAGUCGAAUAUUAUAAGCAUCGAACAGUACUACCAACAGAGUAAAGUCAGCGACCUUUGUUCUGCGAACGCGCUACUUAUAUAUAUAUUUACUUGGUCGCGGAGGAAGUAGACAGUUAUUUCUCUAAGUACAUUUCCACAUGUCGCAAAGCUAGUAUCAGCAUGACAAAUUGCACGAUUGCCUUAGUGUGGACACGCUUGUGGAAACAAAUACUGUGACAUUUUCGCGUCAUUUGGACAGCUUGACUGAGGGGAGUUUUGGCACUGCCGUUCAUUGGUUGAGUGGGUGUGCAUAUCUGGACGAAUUCAACCAAUCGGGGACCGCCAGGAACUUAAGAUGAGCACGUCCAGCCCCUUUGGCAGACGGAAGAAAAGUGGGUCACAGACGGAGGUCAAGAUCGCUGUGACUGGAGUGAGUGGUGUCGGGAAGAGUGCUGUUACGGUGCGCUUUCUGACCAAGCGCUUCAUCGGUGAAUAUGGACACGAACCAGAAACCAAAUACCACCACCAAUGUAAGAUAGAUGGAGACAUAGUACUGAUGGAGAUUCUAGAUACUGGACACGAGAAUGUCCUUACGGACGAUGUCUUACAGUGGGCGGAUGGUCUACUUCUCAUCUACUCCAUCACGGACAUGAGGAGCAUCGAUGCCCUGCGUCGAGCCAGGAACAUCUUGGAAGAGAGCCGAAAUUCCAAGACGGUACCGGUAGCGUUUACGGUGGUUGCAAACAAGGCGGAUCUGCUGCAUCUACGCAAAGUUGACACCAUGGAAGGUGAACGAUUAUCCAAAGACAUGGGAUGCUCGUUCGUCGAGCUCUCGGCAUCGGAGAAUUACGACAAGAUAGCCGACGUCUUCCACGAACUUUACCGAGAGAUCCGAAUGUACAAAUUCGGCACGCGGUCGACGCUCUUCGGCAGAAUGUUCGGCCAUACUCGGGACAAAAAGACGAUGACAUUAUAAGAGAGUUUAGCACCAUCUAGAUCAAUUCAUCUGUACGUUUGAGAUGCCUUAAAAUACAAGGGAUAUGUUUGUUCCCUACUGUCAGAGGAACAAACUGCAUUUUCUUCCAAAACAUGAGCCCACAAGAAGACUAACGGGCGUACAAGUACAUGUACCGAAAUGAUGCCACCGCAGUAUUUCAUACGAAUUUCCAUAAGCAGCCAGUCUCACCAUGGUGUUCGGCAAUCAACGGAAAUCUGAUGGCUCAAACCGGAUAUAGAAUCAACGAUAAUAGCAUCUCCGGCUAAAGACAAACUCCCAGCAAGGUUUACUCGUCAAAGUUUGGAAAUGAUGAUGCUUCAUUUGUAGAAACUGUUCGAGUAUGAAAUAGGUCUUCAAAUCGUUUUGCGAGAAGAAAGCAAAACAAGGUUUAGUGCUCACUGAUACAUGUAUAUCUUUUUCUUUUUUAUUGGUUCGCGCCAGUAUGUGCCGACUUUUGCCUGCAUUCACCAUCGACCACCAUAGCAAAAUACCUUUUUUCAGCCGCCAUAUUUGAGGUGUGUUUGUCAUGUUAAUUCAUUAACAAUGAAUGCACAAGAUGUUUAAUCAUGCGUAUCGCUGUUGAACAAAAGCACACACCUCUAAGAUGGCUGCAGUGCAAAAGAUCGGUACAGUCAGAGUAUCCUUGAAAUCCGGAAUUGUAAGAAACUGUCACGUAUUUCAUACUGAACUUUAAAUCGUAGCAACAUUUCGUUUCGGAAAUGAAUUUUAAAAAAAGGAUUCAAACACGGAGGUAGGGGCUCCAGAAAAAGCCGACGUUGGUUUGUUGAGACCCUUGAGGGAUGUAAUUACUGUUUAAUUAACAAAUUACGGUCGCAGAAUAAUUUCUGCUUUCACGAAAAUCGGUGCUAUAUAGUACUGAACUCCUCCCUUUUCAGUAGCACCAGUAAUUUAAGAAAUAAACAAGAGUUCAAACAA